AUGUCCGGGAAAAAAAGAUCUGCAACCAAUAACAUUAAGAUCGUUAAGAAUGGUACCACUCUAUCUGGUAAAGAUCUCGCCCAAUCACUUAACACCUAUUUCUUAAGCGUGAGUAAUGACCUACCACCACUGAAUCCUCUCCUGCUACCUGCCUUUCUCCCUGCACCAAGGCCUGUACCAAAAAUUUUCCCUGACGAAGUUUGCACUAAGAUGCUCAAUACAAAAGUUUUCAAAUCCAGCGGUCCUGACAAUAUUCCUAACCGGAUUAUUAAGGAUUUCGCGUACGAAUUGGCCGAACCUGUAUGUCACAUCUUUAAUACAUCUCUGUCCACUGGUGAAUUCCCUAACAUAUGGAAAGAUGCAUUAAUUGCACUAAUUCCUAAAGCGCCAUCCGUAUCCUGUGAGGAGGAGUUGCGCCCAAUCUCCCUUACAGCCUCUAUGUCCAAAAUUCUUGAGGACUUUGUGGUCAAUUGGAUGGUGGAUGACGUGAAACAUAAAAUCAACCCAAUUGGGCCCUAUUUUGUUCAUAAUUAUGAUCAACGAUCUUGAACUGGCAUCCUCUAGCACUGACCAUUGGAAAUACGUGGAUGACGUAACAAUAUCGGAGUCCUUAAAGAAAAAUGAAGUUUUAGUCCUACAAUCUGAUCUUAACACAAUUGAAAGAUGGACUGUUAAUAACAACAUGAAAUUGAACGGAAGAAAUGCAAAGAAAUGAUAGUGAGUUUCGUCCGUAGCGAGAAUGACAUCCCCCGACUCCUCAUUGAUGGUUUACCUCUAGACUUAGUUCCUUCUUUCAAAAUUUUGGGCUUAACCAUGAACAAUAAAUUGAAAUGGCAAGAUAACACUGAAGCGUUAGUUAAAAAAGCCUCAAAACGCUUAUACAUUAUUCGUGUCCUACAGCGCUGUGGUCUUCCCCCCAAUGACCUCUUACUAGUCUACUUUUCUAUGGUGCGCUCUAUCUUAGAAUAUGCCUGUCCUGUCUGGCACACCAUAUUACCAAAGUGUUUGGGGGUAAAAUUGAAAAAGUUCAAAAAAGAGCUUUCCGUAUUAUUUAUCCGACAACAGAUUACGAAGAUGCUCUCAACAUCGCUAAAUGCAAGCGUCUUGUCGACAGACGUCAAGAGCUAUGUGCUAAAACAUUCAAAAAGAUCUUAAAACCCGAUGCUCACCUCAACCACCUCUUACCCCCACUCCGUGAAGAAUCGCAUGAACUGGACUUAAGAAACAAUUCUAACUUCACAUUAACUAAAUGCAGAACGGAACGUUUUAAAACUAGUUUUAUACCAGCAAUGACUGCUAAUUUUAAUAGUAAAUAAUUUGUAGUAUUUUAACAACUGUACAUAUACGAUAUAUUUAUAUUUAUAUUAUUUGAUACUCAUCUUUUAUUAUGUUUCUGUAAGCAUAUUGCAAUUCAAAAUGUGUUUCUUAAUAAACCUUUAAUAAUAAUAAUCUUACUUGUUCGUGUUUAUUUCGAAAUUGCAAACGAUAUUUUCUCCUUUGUGAGUUGUUAAAAAAGCUAAUAAACCAUAAAUAAGCAUAAAGUUUACGAAUAACACGAAAUAGCCGAUUAAAUCAAUUAAAUAAACAAAUAAUUUGAGUAAAAGCAGACUUUAAUUUUACGGCGAGAAAUGAAAGCUGAUGAAACCGAAUUAUUUUUUUUUGUCCUUAAAAGAGUUUUGAACUUCUGGUGAUUGUGGCAUAAGUAUAUUUGAAGACAGAACUGGAAAUAGUUUUUGAAAAAAAAUACCUAAAAAAAUUACAAUCCAGACAAACAAGUAGCCUGCAUGGCAGGCGGUCUAAAAUACCAGGCUUGCCCAAUUUUAGGAACCGCCUGCCAUGCAGGCUAACAAACAAGCGUCUCAAGAGUAGAAAAUGGGUUCGUAGACUAGAUGUUGGCGCCGUCUUGGCGGCGCUUGUCGGAUUUGUAAAAUGUAUUAAAAGGCUUUGCAUUUUCUUCCUGAUUUAAUAUAUUUAACCGUUAGAGGACAAUAUAAAUUUGCGAAGUCUGUUUUCUUAAUUGCAUGGGAAAAAUUGGUUCAGUUUUGCUGUUAUUGUUUGUUGCGGAUUUUGUGGUCUUCAAUUUUCGAGUUUUCUUCACAAAUCGACGUAAAUGCUUGUAUUUUCUGCCUGACCAGUCUUAAAGAUGAACAUUUGAGAGCCGCUACUGAUUAUAGCAGAACGGUAGUUCGCGAUGCCAUGAAUUUGCGGAGCAAGUUUAGAGAUGUUGGGAACAGGGAAACAAUCAGUAGGCUGGAAGAAGUCAUAAAUAGUAUUGAUACUUCAAUCGUCUGGCAUGUCAAAUGCUAUUCCCUAGCUAUUUACAAGCAAAGACAAAAUUCAGCGCCUGGAGAAAAAGUGCAACAAAGAUGAGGCGUCUGCAAUAUCAACCUCAAGUCCGCGUAAAACGCGUGCGCAAACAAAACAAGUUGAUUGGGAUAAAUGUGCUUUCUGUCAGGUUCAUACGAAUGAGCGCUUAUCGUCAGUUAUGGCAUUUAAGACGAGUGAACAAAUUAUUAAGAUUUCUAAGUUUGACAAAAUACUGUGCACUCGAUUUGCGGGUAUCUCAGAUUGGAUAGCCGCUGAAGCUAAGUACCAUUUAUCAUGCUUCAGUGCAUCUAAAAGAUCAAGGGAUAAGAGAAAGAGUGAAAUGAAAGACAAUGACUUAGCAUUGGUUUGGUUGUCCAAAAAAUUGGAGUAUGCAGCUGACAAGGGCCAUGUUAUUAGACUUGAUGACGCAUGGGAAAGAUACACUAUAUUAGCCGAAAAAGCGGGCAACACGCUUCCCUCUUAUUUUAUCAGUCUAAGGGCGACUUUUAAGGACAAACUUGUGCAUAUGGUUGGAGACAUCAUAGAGUACGUGCAAUCAUUUGAACGGGGGCUGUCUGAGCGUCACAUCUUGCUAAUUCCCAAAAAGUGCGCUAAAAUGGCUCUGUCCCAGUUAGUAGCCCAGGGUACGGCUGACGAAGAAGACGAUGAACUAACUCUGCCUGUUUAUCACCAACAAGACGAUUUCCUCUCUCUUAAUUGUUCAUGUGGCGUUGAUGAUACGAGCUGA